UGGUUGAAAGUGCAGCCAAUGAGAGAGCCUGUUACUAGCUCGUGCAGUGCUGCAGUGUAGGGGGAGCGCUUUAGGCCUUGAAGCCUUACGCGUCUCGUUUGUUUUAGCACGAUGAGCUCUAUCGGCACCGGGUAUGACCUGUCAGCCUCUACAUUCUCACCUGAUGGAAGAGUUUUUCAAGUUGAGUAUGCUAUGAAGGCUGUGGAAAAUAGUAGUACAGCUAUUGGAAUCAGGUGUAAAGAUGGCGUUGUCUUUGGAGUAGAAAAGUUAGUCCUUUCUAAACUUUAUGAAGAAGGUUCCAACAAACGACUUUUUAAUGUUGAUCGGCACGUUGGAAUGGCAGUAGCAGGCUUACUGGCAGAUGCCCGUUCUUUAGCAGACAUAGCAAGAGAAGAAGCUUCCAACUUUAGAUCAAACUUUGGGUAUAACAUUCCACUAAGACAUCUUGCAGACAGAGUGGCCAUGUAUGUACAUGCAUAUACACUCUACAGUGCUGUUAGACCUUUUGGCUGCAGUUUCAUGUUAGGGUCUUACAGUGUGAAUGAUGGUGCACAACUCUAUAUGAUUGACCCAUCAGGCGUUUCAUAUGGUUAUUGGGGCUGUGCUAUCGGUAAAGCCAGGCAAGCUGCAAAGACAGAAAUUGAAAAGCUUCAGAUGAAAGAAAUGACCUGCCGUGAUGUUGUUAAAGAAGUUGCAAAAAUAAUUUACAUAGUACAUGAUGAAGUUAAGGAUAAAGCUUUCGAACUAGAGCUCAGCUGGGUUGGUGAAUUAACUAAAGGAAGACAUGAAAUUGUACCAAAAGAUAUAAGGGAAGAAGCAGAGAAAUAUGCUAAGGAAUCUUUGAAGGAAGAAGAUGAAUCAGAUGAUGAUAAUAUGUAACAUUUACUUCACCAUCUAUUUUAAAUUUCUAUUACAGUUCCAUGUAAACUAUUUAGCCCUGUGGAUUAUUACAAACCCACUCACCAAUUUUCAUUAAAUUUUUGUCUUGUAAC